AUGUCUCACGCCGACGCCGAAGAGGCGCAGUAUCAGAAGGAGGUUGAGGAGGUCAAGCAAUGGUGGACCGACUCAAGAUGGAGAUACACAAAGCGCCCAUUCACUGCUGAGCAAAUUGUCGCAAAGCGUGGAACCCUCAAGAUUCAGUAUCCGGGAAACACUUUGUCGAAGAAGCUGUGGAAUACUGUAGAGGGUCGCUUCAAGAACCACGACGUCAGCUAUACAUAUGGGUGUUUGGACCCUGUGAUGGUCACGCAAAUGGCCAAGUACUUGGACACGGUUUACGUUUCUGGCUGGCAAUGCUCCUCGACAGCCUCAUCGACCGACGAGCCUGGACCAGAUCUCGCAGAUUACCCCUACACAACUGUGCCCAACAAGGUGGGGCAUCUGUUCAUGGCACAAGUGUUCCAUGAUCGUAAGCAGCGCGAGGAGCGCAUCACUACCCCUAAAGCCGACCGUGCAAAACUCGUCAGCAUCGAUUACCUGAGACCCAUCAUUGCCGAUGCCGAUACCGGCCACGGAGGUCUGACAGCAAUAAUGAAGCUUACGAAACUGUUCGUUGAGAAGGGUGCUGCCGGAAUUCACAUCGAAGACCAAGCCCCAGGAACAAAGAAAUGUGGACACAUGGCAGGAAAGGUCCUGGUACCGAUAAGUGAACACAUCAAUCGUCUGGUCGCCAUCCGAGCCCAGGCCGAUAUCAUGGGCAGUGACCUCCUGGCCGUUGCUCGCACUGAUUCGGAAGCCGCGACGCUGAUCACAUCAACCAUUGAUCCCCGCGACCACCACUACAUCCUGGGAGUCACAAACCCAGCCAUCCAGCCCCUCAGCGAACUCAUGUAUGCUGCAGAGCAGGCUGGAAAGAGUGGCGCGCAACUGCAAGCGAUUGAGGACGCAUGGACUAAGGAAGCUCACUUGAAGCUCUUCCAGGAAGCUGUUGCUGACACGAUCAACGCGGGCGUCCAUGUCAACAAGCAAGAGCUGAUUGCUCAAUUCAACGAAAAGAGCAAGGGAAAGAGCAACCCCGAGGCACGUGCUAUCGCAAAGGGCUUGACUGGUGUCGACGUCUUCUUCAACUGGGACGCUGCACGAACACGCGAAGGUUACUACAGGUACCAGGGUGGUUGCCAGACUGCCAUCAACCGCGCCAUCGCCUACGCGCCGUAUUGUGAUAUGAUAUGGAUGGAAUCGGCAAAGCCCGACUAUGGUCAAGCUAAGGAAUUUGCUGAUGGUGUUCACGCUGCCUGGCCAGAGCAGAAGCUUGCGUAUAACCUUUCACCUUCGUUCAACUGGAAGAGCGCCAUGCCUCGCGACGAGCAAGAAACUUACAUCCAGCGCCUCGGCGCUCUCGGUUACUGCUGGCAGUUCAUCACCCUCGCCGGAUUACACCAGACUGCUCUCAUGGCCGACACAUUCUCCAAAGCGUACGCCAAGCAGGGCAUGCGUGCUUACGGCGAGAUCAUUCAAGAGCCCGAGGGCGUAAACAAGGUCGAAGUCCUGACACAUCAGAAAUGGAGCGGCGCAAACUACGUCGACAAUCUCUUGAAGAUGGUAUCGGGAGGUGUCAGCUCGACGGCAGCGAUGGGCAAGGGUGUCACUGAAGAUCAAUUCAAGUAG